UGACAUUUCAACCUGGUGACUAAAGCUGUCCGCACUGAGAGGAGUUUGGCUCUGACUUUUAAAUGUGUAUGGUUAUAUUUGCUCCGAUUUUUGCCAUCUGUGCUUUCGCGACAUGUGGAGGAUACUAUGGUCGUCUCCAGGUUAAGGUGGACUGUGCAGACAGGAGGCAGAGCAACCUCAGCAUCAACAUUGAUUUUGGUUAUCCUUUCAGAUUGGAGCAAGUGCAUUUCAGGGCUCCCUUGUGUGAGGCGAAGCGAGGAGAGGUUCUCUUCCUCGAUGGAGACUACUCCUCGGCGGCACAAUUUUUUGUGACAGUGGGCGUUUUCGCGUUCUUAUACUCACUGAUGGCGACCGUUGUCUAUGUCUUCUACCAAAACAAGUACCUGAAGAACAACAGAGGCCCACUCGUGGAUUUUGUGGUGACAAUCAUGUUCUCGUUCAUGUGGCUGGUCAGUAGUUGUUUUUGGGCCAAAACUCUUUCCGACAUCAAGGCGGCCACGAACCCCACACAGGUGCUUCUUCUCAUCUCUGCCUGUCGAGCUCAGGAAAACAAAUGUGCAGCUACCCAGGAGCCUCUCUGGUCGCGUCUCAAUACAUCUGUGGUUUUUGGGUUCGUCAAUCUCGUCCUCUGGGGUGGGAAUAUUUGGUUCGUCUUCAAGGAGACAGGAUGGUACAAGACUGGCCACAGAUACCCGACCAGGAGUGCUUCUGGGAAACGAUCGAGCGAAAUGCGACAGCGACUCUACAGUGAGAGUAGUUUUGACCAGCCAGAUGAGAGUUUUGGUCCAACCAGACAGAACAGUUUCAAUCAGUCACAGACGGAUUAUCGCCCGCAGGUCCAGAGACAAGCUAGCGUCAACCAGCCGCAAGUGAGCUUCAGUUUACCUCAGACAUACCUGGGUAAAGCGGUAAAUUACAGCACUGAGAAAAGAGCAGCUUCUCAAGGGCCGAUGAUAUUUGUGAAUGAGAUGUGAUUCGGAGUAUAUUACAAUAAACAUGGUGGACUAAGU